AUGAGUGAAGAAAAUGAUGCUACAUUAAUAAAAAAGAGAAAAAAUGAAAAAAUAAAUGAAGAACAACAUAAUACUACAAAUAAUAAUUAUGAAGAACCCCUUGUAUAUGAUUUUUUAACCAAAGAAGAUCAUGAGAAUUAUAAUAAUUUUGUAAGAUUCUGUAAAGAUAAUUUUGCUUAUGUUGAUAUGAAAGAUAUAAAUAGAGUAAUUCAUGAAUUAAGAAAGGGCCCGAAUAAAGACUAUUUUUCUAAUUAUAUAAGUAGUUCUGAUGACAGCGAUAUGGAUGAUAAUGAAAAGAUAGAAUAUAUGGAUGAUGAUGAUGAUAAGAAUAAAAGCAAGGUAGAUUGUAUAUACGAUAAUGACAAACCUUGUAAUAGGUAUAAAAAAAAAAAAAUUAAAGAUUACCGCAAAAACUUGAAGCUUAUUAAUAUAAAAAAGAACAAAAGAGCUCGUAUAAAUCUUAUCGUAAUAAAAAAGAAGUAUCUGAAUGAUGAUAACAAUAAUAAUAAUAAUAAUAAUCACAAUAUUUAUAAUAGUAAUAAUUUUUGUAGUGGUGAGCGUGUACAAAAGAACACAAUUAUAUUGUCCCCCUUUUUUAUGCCUGUAGGUACAAAAUGCUGUAUUAAAGGAUUAACAUUAGAAGAUGUAAACGACAUAUGUGAUUAUAUAAUUUUAAGUAAUACGUAUCAUUUAUCUAAUAUAUAUGAUAUGUCCAUAUUUGAAUAUAAUAAAGAUAUAAAUAAUUUAAUAAAAUUUCCCAACGCCAUGCUUACUGAUUCUGGUGGUUUCCAGAUGGUAUCCUUAAGCAAAAGGAUAAAAAUUUUAGAGGAAGGGAUAUUAUUUAAUAAUAUUUAUAAUAGUGAGGUUAUAAAGAAAAAUAUCAAGGCCUGCAAUGUUGGAGAUGUAGUAAAGAAAACAUAUGAAAGUGUGUGUAGCGACAUGCAUAAUGAUAAUAAUAAUGAUAAUGUAGUAGUACGUGACAAUGUAGUAGUGCGUGACAAUGUAGUAGUGCGUGACAAUGUAGUAGUGCGUGACAAUGUAGUAGCUCAUGAUAUUUUUGAUGAGAUAAAUAAAAAUGUUUGUGAUGAAACUUAUAACAAUACAAAUGAAGAGAAUAGUUGUAAAACCAAAAAAUAUGUAGACAUGGGAGAAGAUAUAUUACUUUCUCCCGAAAUAUCGAUAAGACUUCAGAAUUUUAUAGGUAGUGAUAUCAUCAUGGCUUUAGAUGACGUUCGUUCAUCUUUAGAAGAAGAUAAAAAUAAGAUUGAAGAAGCUACACAUCGUACUAAUAGAUGGUUAAAGAGAUGUAUAGAUAUUCAUAAAAAAAAAGAAGAACAGAGUUUAUUUGGUAUAGUUCAAGGUGGGUUACAUAUAGAUUUACGAAAUAUCUCUAUGGAUUAUAUUUUACGUCAGAAGUUAAAUGGAUAUGCUGUUGGAGGUUUAUGUGGAGGAGAAAAGAAAAAGAAAUUUAUUGAGAUUAUUCAUCAUUGUUCAAAUGAAAAGAAUAAAAAAUAUAAUUAUUUGCCAACAAAUAAAUGUAGAUAUAUAAUGGGAAUAGGAUAUAUAGUCGAUAUAAUAUUUUGUUCUUUAUUCGGUUAUGAUAUGUAUGAUUGUGUAUAUCCAUCGCGAACGGCAAGAUUUAAUACUGCAGUAAGUUUUGAUGGAACAAUAAAAUUAAAACAAGCAAAAUAUAAAUAUGACUUUUCACGUUUAGAAAAUAAUUGUAAAUGUUACGUAUGUUUAAAAUAUACAAAAGCAGCUUUACAUUAUCUUAUAUCGAAAAGAAAUACAAUAACAAACGUAUUACUAACAUUACAUAAUAUUUAUUUUACUCUUUAUAUGUGCCAUCUGAUGAGGGUGGCUAUUUUUUCGAACAAACUUAAUCAAUUCAUAACAACUUUUUUGUAUAACCAUUUUGUUGUGGGAGUUAAAAAUGGUAAUUACAAAAUUCCUUGUGCUGAUGAUAAGAAAAUGAACGAUGAUAAGAAAAUGAACGAUGAAAAGAAAAUGAACGAUGAUAAGAUGAUGAACGAUGAAAAGAAUAUAAACGAUGAAAAGAAUAUAAACGAUGAAAAGAAUAUAAACGAUGAAAAGAAUAUAAACGAUGAUAAGAUGAUGAAGAGUGAUAAGAAGCAUGAACAAGGUUCAGAAAAUUUAAAUAUGAAAUCAAAAAAUAUGAUAGAAGAAUUGAAAAAAAAUUUACCACAAUGGGCCAUACAAGCUCUUGAAUAUGCUGACAUAGAGUUAAUGUUUUAA